AUGGCGGCCGAAAGUGGACAGAAGCGACCUGCGGAGGGUUCCAACCCAGCGCAGACAGCACUAGAGAAGCGGUCGAAAGGCGAAAGUUCUGUGAGAGGAAUAAAGGAAGGCGCUGAGGGACGUGUAUGUUCAGAAAGUGGUCAUGAGAAGAGGGGUCCUUGUCCGGACGCUAAGUCAAACCGUGUCCCGACCUCACAAGAUGGUGCUGCGGAUAAGGACUCUGGUGAACAUGGUCAGAAGGGCAACUCAGCACCUGGGAACCCGUCGUCACAACCACCCCAAGAAACUGCGAAAGAUCCCUUUGGCUCGUACUCGGACACCGAAGAAACACCAGUCGAAGCGUUUCCGUCCGGCGCCGUUGUUACAAUCAAGGACGACGGAAAACCGGAACGGCGCUUUCGGAUCGUUGGCAGUCCACUUGGCCGCAGCCUGUGCCGGUUGGGAGCGGACAUUCUGGCGCAGCUCCACUUGCACGACUGCCUGAUGAUGUUCCACCGCGAUAUCCGGCCCUCCAACAUUCUCGCUCGGCAGGGGGUCAUUUCUGGUGGUCCCGCGACCCCCCUUUUCGAUACACAGGGCGCCGCUCAUGCCGCAGUGCUCCCCGGAAGCCGGAGCGCUUCCGAUGAUCCCCAGCAAAGCCCCGCUGUCACAAGCACCCCCCCAGAGCCCGCUCAGCAAUACCCCCCCGAAAGCUUCACUCUGUGUGACUUCGACCUGGCCUCCGUUCCCAACGCAACUGAGCAGUGGAAGGUCCUUAUGACGUGGACUUCCAUCGUGCACGAUCCAAUCUUUCAGCCGCACACGCUGCGCGGGAACAUGCUCAACCCAAAUGACGGAUCGCUUUCGCUCUGCUUCGUUCUCGCUGUCGUGCACGGGGGAUGGCAGGCGAGCGCGCUUCCGUGGGCGUCCGCAGAGGACGUUCCAGAAGUUCUCCGGACGUUCGACACUUGGGUAAAGGACGAGGACGAAGUUCUCGGACUGGGGGACGUGCAUCGAGAGGUGGCAAAUUUUGUGCAUGCGGCCAAGCGCGCGCAAUGGUCAUUUAGAUUUGAAGAAUGGAGCGCGCGGCUCCGAGCUGCGGCGGACGAGCUUGGGCAGUGA